AUGGACACUGAGCCAUCUCUGAACACAGCUGCCAUGGUACCUCCUUCUGGUCCCUCUCCUGUGGAGCCACCCUCUUCACCUCCUUUUUCCUUUGCAGCAUACACAGUGCUAGGGGACGAAUAUGAUGUUGAGAUCUAUACUAUUUGUCUCGAAGAAUACCUCGACGAAAUGGACGAUGAUCACGAAGCCUUGACAGCGACAUGGCUUGCAAAGGCUAGAGUCUACCAGCGCCCUACCCUGUUCCCACGAUCCAGGAACAAGUAUUCCACGAGAAACCGUGACAAGCCUAGAAAAGACCCAUUCGCAAACAUCAAACCCCAGAAAACUGGCCGCAAAAUCACUUUUGUUGGAAAGGCUUUCUCACAGCUCAAACCUAGAGGUGAAACAAUCACUGCCUCGGCUCGCAUCUCAUCGUCGAAAGGGAUCUUACCAUCGAGAUUACUCUCGACCGAGGUUCCGAAUUACACCCACUAUACCAGGAUUCGCGCCAAUGUACUAGGAACAAACACUCGGCAGUUGCAAGUCUGGCCAUACUUUGGAGAGGAUGUUGAUGACGAUGGAACCAUCCGUGAGAGGUUCGAUGUCAUCGUGGAGGAUCGACCCCGUAAGGUUCUCAUCUCGCAGCAAGUCAGUACUUACGGCCCCUACUUCGAGGCCUUUCUCGAAGAGGUUGAUUGUCCAAUGGAUACCAUCCUCAAAUACCUACUCGAGGCAUCAGAAGGGCCAGACGGGCUAUUGUCAAGGUUGGCAAGCUUUUCCAACGACCACAGGCUAGCCAAAAACNUCGUACGCGCUAAGGACAAGUUUUGCAAAGACGACUUUGACCGAACAAGCCAGAGAUGGGUUUCGGUAGCAUCUAGUCUGCCUGAGAUCAAUGAUGAAACACUGUGGAAAGCUGCUGCCGUCUGUCACGCCUUCUGGACUCGAACCAAUUUCAGCCCCUGGCAGAUUGCACGAAAGUAUGCCAAGUUCCCUAACCACAACAUGAUCGAAGGCCUUGUUACCUUUGAAAAGACCAAAGACUACGCCAGCGUGGCCUGUACUAUCUGCCAACUUCAUGACUGCCCUUUCCACGGUACCAUUCGCGAGAGACCAGACGUCAAGGAGGAGAGCGACGAAGAAGAUGUAAACUCUGUCGAUGCUCUAGAUGUGGACUAUCCACCACGCGUCAACUUCAAAGAGCAGGCUAUAGCUCCAUUCGAGCGGGACACGUCAGAAGACACCGGCACAUACACCAAGAAAUCCUUGAACUGGUGGAUGAAUGAGGCUAACAGCGUAACUUGGGACCACAGCCAGCGAGGCCCAUUCUUUCCUUGCAGCCAUAUCGGAAUAUCAUGUGAGGGCGCACGCUGUUCAUGUUUCGAGGCAAGGGUCUGCUGUGAGAAAACUUGCGGAUGCUCAUUCAAGUGUAGCCGUCGCUUUUCAGGAUGUUCAUGUGCGAAGCGAGCAAAGUGCUGCGCACAGGACGAUUCGUGCGAGUGCUACAGAAUGAACAGAGAGUGCGAUCCAGAUCUCUGUGAUUCAUGCGAGGCCGAUGUCAUCCUAGACCCAGUCAACAGAUUCGACAACGAUUACCUUCCUCGAAGAUGCCGGAAUGUCGCCAUUCAGCGUAGCGUGCCGAAACGAACACUUCUCGGCCGGAGUGUUAUUCAUGGCUUUGGACUGUACGCUGGGGAACCAAUUGCCAAAGAUGAGUUCGUUGGAGAAUAUCAAGGAGAAAUCAUUACCAGAGACGAGACCGAAAGACGAGGAGCCAUCUACGACUUCCAGAAGCUGAGUUAUAUCUUCGACUUGAACAGAGGUAAGAAGCCAAAACUAUACUUCGGUGCUUUGCUGACAAGAUUACUCGUCCAGNACCAGACAAUCGACUCUCAACGAAUGGGUAACAAGAUCCGCUUCAUCAACCAUGCCGCGAAGCCCCAUCUUCGCAAUGUCUAUCCAAAGAUAAUGCUCUGCAAUCUGGCCCACAGAAUUGGCAUGUUUGCCCACAGAGACAUCAAGGUCGGCGAAGAGUUGUUCUUCGAUUACGGCGGAAGCUAUCACGACAAGCUGUUCGGUGAGGAAGAGAAGGCUCGCAGGGAAAGGAACAAAGGGAAAGGCAAAGCUGUCGUCACACACAUUCGUCCAUCGAGAAAGAGCUACCAAGCACAGCCAGAGGUCGUAGUGGAAGUGCCACCGAGAGAAAAAGAGCCCGAAGAGCAAUACCAUGCCGACGUCAACGAUGACAGCGACGACAGCGAAGACGACCGCCCGACUAAGCGCAGAAGACGAUCGAGAAUUCCUUCACCGAAGAGGCCGAGAUUGCCUUCACCCAAGAAAUUGAGACUUUCUCCACCCAAGAAGCAGCCAGUCGCAAGGUCAGCUGCCAGAAAGACCGAGGAUCGAUUUCGUGUACGCGGACGCACUCAGGGUCCUGCAGUCAACAGCGCCAACCCGCCGGGCUUGAAGGCCGCCAUGAAGUCUGCGCCCAUCCCAAAAAUAUCUAACCAUCGGGCUCCUAUUUUGGUAGAGUCAUCAGAGGAGGAAGCGGAGGUAGAGUCGGGAUCGGACGAUAUGGAAAUGCCAAGACGUAGUAGUCGGCCGCGCAUGGUGUCCAGAAAGCUCAGAGGGGAUGAUUGA